UGGCAUUUGACAUGAUGAACGUGACAUUAAGAGUAGCAACACAAUACAACUGUGAUUCCCUAAGAAAUCGCGCUAGGACAUCGGAUCCUCACACAUUUGAUCCCAUGUGGAGGGAAACUAUACUGGGCUGCAUGAUUCUUGAUCUGUUGAGGGAUAUGUAUGGAUUCAACAUGUGCUACGUGUUCGACAAUCCGGAAAGGAAUGUCACGGUUAUCGGGGGUCUAAACAACGCCUCUCAGUCCUAUCGUGACAGUGUUGACGUGUACUCCAGAUCUAUGACCCUCACACAGGACCUGGCUGAGCAAAUCUAUCCUAUACAUGCUUUACAUACUUGGAAAUUAGGUUUUCUACUUAGCCGACCCGGGAGCAAGAUUUUCAGGACGUUCUACAGCAAGCCAUUUUCCAGACCAGUUUGGAAUUGUUUGUACUGCUUCGGCCUGCUCAUCAUAGUCUUCUUCUAUAUCCUGAAGAGAUGGGAGUUCAGCGUUAUUGGUGGAUGGCAGAUCUGCUUCGUGUAUGAAGCUCUGCUGGUUGUAGGGGCUUAUUGUCAGCACAUACCACCAAUAGACCCGCGGCUGCCAUCUCGAAGGAUCGCCUACCUCAUAUUCUUUACGUUCGUCUACAUUGUCUAUACGUACUACACCUCUAACUUGCUAUCCAACCUCGUUAAUGACAAGGACCAUGGCAUAGACUUGCCUAUGUUGGCGGACAGCGACUAUGUGUUCCUAGCCGUUAAUCAUAUGAUGAUGGCUAUUUUUGAACGUUCUCAAAUCUACCACUACAAUCGUAACAUAAGCCUAGUUGUGAAGAAGCUCAUGAGGAUACAUACGGUAUCUAUUCCCGAUGGGCUGGCAGCUGUGAAGACAGGGAAAUAUGCACUGCUAUCCGAUUUUAUUACUGUUUAUCCCUAUAUGAAGAAAACCUACGACAAUGCCGAUAUUUGCAAACUAGUAUCGAUCGACCUGCUUUCCGGAAUUACCAAAUAUUUCUACACUUCAAAGAAAUUCCAAUAUAAAGAGCAAUUUAAAAUUGGCUUCCUCCGAAUCAAAGAAUCUGGUCUGCUCAAUCGUUUAGUAUCCACGGAUUUUGAAGAGCCUAAAUGUACCAAGUCUCAUAUCAUACAAAUAAGCAUGCAACAUAUUGCUAUACCACUCACUAUUCUAGCUGUCACUUCAGUAAUAUCUACCAUUAUAAUGAUCGCUGAAAAGAUUCAUUAUAAUAGGAACAUGAGGUGGCCAUAUUUUAAUUAA